ACCUUGCCGUUCUAAUUUCAAACAAACAAAGCAGCAGAGGAACCACGCCUUUCAGAUGCCAGAAUGUUGGAGCUACUUCCAUGGCGUAAAUGGACCCUUUGCUCCAGAGUAUCUUAUAACAAGCCUUCCCCAUUCUUUGAGCAUCUUCCUCGUAUGCUCAAACACUCUCUGACUGGAGGGGAACAAGACGACAAUGUGAAGGACCCUCCAUUUUCUGCCGUCACCCCCAAAGCCCCAACACACCACAAAUCAGAGAAGAAGAAGAUUGCGAAAAACUCACCGACUAAGAAUUCUAAAAAAUCUCCAGACUUUCCAUUGAUUUCUGAACUGCCGUUUGAUUUCCGGUACUCUUACUCGGAGACCAACCCGGCCAUCGAGCCUAUCGGUUUCCGCGAGCCGCCGAAAUUCUCUCCUUUUGGGCCUGGACGCCUUGACAGAAAAUGGACCGGGACUUGUGCUCCGGCGCCAUCUCCGGCGGACUUGGACAAAGUGGCCCAGGCGCGCCAAGCCGUUCUUGGAGAACCGUUAACGGAGGAGGAAAUUGCCGAGCUUAUUGAGAAGUACCGGUACAAUAGUAACUGUUCUAGCCAAAUCAAUUUGGGGAGGGGUGGAGUAACACACAACAUGCUGGAAGAUAUCCACAACCACUGGAAGAGGGCUGAAGCUGUUAGAAUCAAGUGCUUUGGAGUGCCAACUCUUGACAUGGAUAAUAUCUGCUUCCAUCUUGAGGACAAAUCAGGUGGCCAGAUUAUUUAUCGCCACAUAAAUGUGCUACUUCUAUUCCGUGGUCGGGGCUAUGAUCCAAAAAACAGACCAAUCAUCCCAUUGAUGCUGUGGAAGCCAUAUGCACCAAUUUAUCCAAAGCUAGUGAAGAAUGUUGCUGACGGCUUGACAUUUGAAGAAACGAAGGAAAUGAGAAGCAAAGGGCUUAGUUAUCCUCCCCUAACUAAACUUACUAGAAAUGGUGUCUAUGUAAAUGUGGUGGAGAAAGUCAGGGUGGCGUUUCAAACAGAAGAACUAGUAAGGUUAGACUGUUCCCGUGUGGGAACAAGUGACUGCAAGAGGAUUAGUGUUAAGUUACGGGAUUUGGUACCUUGCGUCCCAAUCUUGGUCAAGGAUGAACAAGUUUUGCUAUGGAGGGGAAAGAGAGAUGAAGCUCAGAGGUCCGUCUUAUCAAUGGAACAUGUAUCAGAGACAUGUUUGUAGAACACCUUUGCUCCCAUAUUAAAGACAUGUAGCCUCUUAAGCAAGUGUAAGGCAUGUUGUUAUCGUCCCAUGCCGAGCCAAAAAAUUGCAUAACUGAGAAAUACAGAAAUGGAGAAAGAAGAAAAGAAUAAAGAAGAGAAGGGAGAAUACGCAAAGACAAACCUGAAGAGCAGUUGCGAGUCUUGUGACUUGAUUCCUAUGUUUUUUGUCUCUUUAAGGCAUUCAGAUUUAUCCUCUUUAAGCUCAAAUUUGUCUUUUUCAUUACAAAAAACGGCUCAGUUUAUGGUUCAAAUUCAAACCAGAUUUCGAAAUGAAUAUGGGUGACGCGGUGAGUGUCUUAAUCGAUGUCAGCUGUGCCUCAGUUUUGUUAUGUACAUCUCAGGCAUUUGUAGUACCCAAUGUAUUUUGACAAUCUUACACAAGAAGUUCCCAGCGAAGGACUGGACUAAGAAAGAAUUCCUAACUACUGGCUCUGAUUUUGUAGCGUGAAACUGGAUACCAGGGGAAAUUGUGCUUAAGAAUCUUAAGAUGUUUUCGUCUACUACGGAAGAUACAAUGUGGAACAAAAGUGAAAAUUCUGCUAGGAGCGUGAUUAGCAGCCACCUUAGCCAGGACAUGAGCGCUACUAUUCACUUGUCGUUUAGUAAAAACAACUCUGAAGUUACUAUUUGAAGCUAAAAGUAUUUUGCAAUCCUCCACCAAUGACCCAUAUUCGGUUAGAUUAGGACGGUUAAGGCAGCACACAUCUUCUACAAGUUGCUAACAAUUAGAUUCAAACGGAACAUGCUUGUACCGAGUACUAGCCAUCCAUUUAAUAGCUUCUCUAAGGCUCCAUGCUUCCGCCUCAGCUAGACACAAAUCCGAUGUACAUAUACCUGAUUUAGCCAUAUAAAACUGCCCACGAUAAUCCGGAACACAUGCCCCGAAUCCAACUCGCUUCUCAUUUGCAAAGAGAGCGGCAUCGACAUUACACUUCAAGAAGUUACGAGGAGGGGGCUGCCACCGGACUUGAACCAAGCUGCUGGUCAACAACUUCUGAGUGUUAAUCCUAGCUCUUUCCCAGGAACACAGCAAUUCACUCCGACGGGAGAUAACCUGGUGCGUGGUCUCUCGGAUGCCUUCCCAGCACAUCUUAUUCCUCUUCUUCCAUAUGCACCAUAAAGUCAUUCUAAAAGCUUUUAAUUUAUUCUCUGGAAAGGCUUGGAUGAUGCUCAUGAAUUAUGAAUAACUCAGAGAAACUUUCAGUUGCUGUCAUAGUUGCUGCCAUAGUUAACCCCUUUAUACGAAGAGGUCGUGAGGUCGUACAACAUAGUUAACCCCUUUAUAGGAAGAGGUCGUGAGGUCAUACUCAUUUAAUGAAUAGACCUCUUUAUUCAAUUAAUAAAAUAUCAUAUUUUUGUACGAUAUGUAGUACUCCCUCCGUCCCUAAAUAAUCUUCCAUUUCGCUUUUCGAGGGUCAACUUAAAUCACACUUAAACUCUUACUUUAUAUAUCAAAAAUUAGAAAUUAUUGAAUUAUUUUUUGCGGGUUUUGUAGCGGUUUUAAUGUAGUUUCUGAAUAUGUAAAUUUUAUUUACUAAAAAUAAUCCGAUUUUUCACAAGGAUCAUUUAACUUUAUCGCGGGUCAAACUUCGUAACCCGCGAUAGUAUAUGUAAAUUUUAUUUACUUGGAAGUUUAUAUAGGGACGGAGGUAGUAUAUGUCUAAUUAUUAAAGACUUUGUCUGAACUAGAGACUAUUGUCUAGAGCUACAUUUUUAUAUAUUGCAUCUGAACUGUUAGCCGGAUGAUGUAAAUUUGUUCAAAAACAGUUAAAAAGAUGCUCAGAUAAUAUGAACUGACUAGUUAGAUCAUACAAAUCAGACCAAAUUCGAUUAGAACAGACAAAUCAGACAAAAAACCCAAUCCAAUUAAAAACGUUUUUAAUAGAGUCCUUGGUAAAAUUUGGAACUCCAUGUGUAUUAGAUUAGAAUAUGAUAAAUCUACUAAAAGUUUUCAUGAGAAAAAUUUGGAGUUAAUUAGCUUAUUAUGGAGUUAUAUAAUCACUAUACAAGCAUAAGUGAGAUAGACAUACAUAAUUAAAUUAGCUUAUUAGGAAGUUGUUGUUUUUUUUAAUAUGAAGGAUCCGCUUUUAUAAUAAAAUCAAGAAAAUAUAUAAGAUAACAUCCAGACACUUAUGACAGAUCCGAUUGUGAGCCCUGGGAAUAGACAUAGAAUCAGCUACCACAUACAAAGCAACCUGAUUCACUAGACACGAAACAGACAAUUUAAAGCCUAAACAAUCGGGACUGAAAUACUGCCUAUCAAGUUUCCAAAUCAAAUUACUGAAACUAAAAUAAAAACAAUUACUAUUAAAGGAAAAAUAAAAUUGAAAUGAAGUCUUUCCACAAAACUAUUCAUGGCACGAAGGUAGUUCUGGAGGAGGACGGGCUAUACCAAUGUCUACGCACUCUGGAAGAAAGCAGAUAGAAACCCAUGACCAGACGAAGCUAGCUGAGACACAGACACCAACAAAACUCCCCACAUCGAGAGAAACCACCCCGGAGCUUCAGUGUCCGGGAAAGAACCGCCAUAUAAUAAAAUCAACACAACCAGAAGAGAAUAGCAAUCCAAUUGAUACCUCUACAAGAAUCUCUGAACGUCGAUGCCACCUCAGAUAGUUUGAAUUUCCAUCGGACCGAGAAGAUGAAAGUUAAUGGGACAAAGCUAAUGAAAAGAUUAAUUUGAACUGAUCCUUCUUGGAUCUCUACGUCACUAGGGUUGGCGCACACCCUCUCAUCUUUUCUGUGUUAUGCCUGGAAGCAUUGAAUUGAAGGUGAGCUUAUUAUGAGUAAAUCUUUAAUCGUGCACGACACAGGUAAAAAUAUUGAUGUACAGAGUAUAUGUUCAAUUAUUAAAAAGUUAAUAUAUUAUCUAAAUGUUAAUCUUCUAUUCCUCUCAAUCCCAGAAACCAGAAGCACACACACUCGAUUACUCUGUUUUCUUAAUCUUUUUUUUAAGGGAACACGGGCAAAUAAGCCCUCGAACUAAUCCAAAAAGUGCAAAUCACUCCUUUUAUAGGAGACUCUGUCCGGCCGUCGUUAUUUGGAGAGGUUCCCGGUAGAAUUUUUGGAUGAAAUUUUUUGAGCAUAUUCUUCAUUAAGUCUAGUUUACCCAUACCAAAUUUCAGAUAAAAAUUUAAUCGGGAAGGUAGUUUUUAAUUAGAUCAUAUUCUAUAUAAAAAACACUAGAUCAUAUCUUACACAAAUUGAAUCAGAUGAGGAUUAAAUAGAUUAAGGCUUUGUUUGCAACCACUUGUGCUUAAAUAAAAGCACUUUUGGGGAAAAAGUGAUUAGUAGUAAAAGUUGGUAGUGUUUGUUAAAAUAAGUGCUUUUUGUGUGAUAGAAAAAGUAAAAAGUAAAUUCUACAUAGAAGCCGAGAAAGUAAAAAUUGGUAGUGUUUGAUAAAAUAAGUGUUUUUUCUUUAAAAAAAAGUUAAAAGCACUUUUUUUUAAUGGGUUGCAAUUUGCAAACAGACCCUAAAUUAGACCAAAACUUCCUCUGUACGCAGCGCCCUGCAUACGGAUUACGGCCGGUCUACUCCGGUCUGCGAAAAUUUUCCCUCUGGCCUCACUCAUUUCCAGGCGCCAAUUUUUUCUUGCAUUUCACAUCCAAUUUUUGGCGCAAUUCCCCAAAUUAACACAGCCUAAUAUCUCGUUAAAUUCUUUCAUUUCACAUCCAAACCCUCUAGCUCUAGCUUCGGCGCUUCUCAUGGCGGAAUUUGAAGCUCCAUCUUUUUCUCUAGGGCUCGAUUUUGAGCUUGAUUCGCAGCCUAUACGUACUCCGUCACCCCUGCCCUCGCCCAAACCGUCACCUAAACAUACUAAAAGAUUUCUGCCCACUCAGAACCUCCGGACAAUUGAGGAUGAUGAUGACGAUGAUUUUGAGUCCCCUGUUCCGAGUAUUGAACCGAAGUGCACGGAACCACCAUUGACUCUAAAGCGCCUCCGGCGAGGACCCACCUCCAACAAACCGACUUCAGGGGUCGAAAACUGGGACAUCAAGGAGGGGACGUGGUGUGAUGUAGAGGACGAGAUUGAAGAUUUCUCUUCCGAGGAAGACCGGCCAGCAGGUCCUUCAAAAUUCCGAAGAUCUGUUAGCAGCAACUCAAAACUCCCAUUACACCAUCGUCGGAAUUUUUCCAUGCAAACAACCACUCAAUGUGCUUUGAAAGGGAAAAAUCCGGAUAAAGACCCUUCUGCAUGUCGACCUAUGGAAAUAAGUAACGAUAAAUCCGCCUUCUCUAAGUCAAAUAUUAGUCCUAUAAGAAGUUUUCAGUUAAUUGAUUUAGAUUCAGACGAUCCAUCCCCAAGUGAACAUCUGAAGAAAGACGUAAAAGCAGAGCCACCUGUUGAAAAAAGUACAGUUUCAAGUAAAAAGAUGAAAUUUAAAGCAUCUCAUGAGGUUUCCGAGUCUGAAGAACUAUGGAAGGGUUUUUUGACAGACAAAACCUCCAAUAUCUCUACACCUGCCUUCGAUGAGGUUUGCGAAGAAUAUUUUAGUUCUCUGAAGCACAGGAAUGCCAAUCAGAAUACAAAUGAAGAUAUUCACCCAAACAGCGUUCUUGCUGAGAACAGCAUGCAACAAAGGCCUGAUGGUCCUUCUGUGCCUGCUCAUAGCUAUUAUUUCCAUGAGGAUUUAAGUAUCCAAAAGUUAGUUCGUGAGAGGUUGCCUCACUUCUUCCCUUUGGAUGCCAAGAACAACCAAGGGAUCAAACAGAGUGAUGGAUCAAUUGAUUACAUAGGGCAAUUUUCCCCCAGAGGAGGCUCCCAGAGUGGAGCCAACAAGGUUGCAGCUGACAAAAGCUCUACAAAACAAAGAAAGAAAAAUAAUUCGAAGAAGACAUCUGAAGUGCCUACAGGGUGGGUAGACCCUAAAGUUUGUGAUGGGGCUCCAAAGGAUGCUGGCAAGAGAAGGGUGCAUGCUGUUGGUAAAUCAGCUGGGCAGUGGCUCACAUCUUCAGAUGGGAAAAGAGUCUAUGUAACAAGAAAUGGGCAAGAGAUGAGUGGUCGGAGUGCUUACAUACAUUAUAGAAAGGAGACUGGAUCAGGAUUCAAGAAGUCAAAAAAGAACUCCACUAGCAAUAAGAAAUCAUCUGCCAAGAACAAGAAGAGAUGACACCCCUUUCUCAGACCAGCCUUGUGCGCUCAUAUUCUCAGAUAUACAUUUUUCGUGUUUAUACAUCAGUGUUGUAUAUACAUUUAGCUUUCCCUCUAACGACAAGAACAAGAUAUCUAUAAUUCAUAUAAUGAUAUAAUUCAUAUUUUUCAUCAAUCCUU